AUGAGUGUAGCCUUCCUGAAAAGCAGCGUUACUACCAUUCUGCAUUAUUGAAUGUGUGCAGUGGAGUAUCAAAAGAGAUGCAAUACGUGGACUCAGUGAGGGCUACCAGAAGAACAAUUGUGUGUCUCCAGGAGCAAGUGAAUGUACUCUUGAGUGCCGAACUUUGCAUUUCUGAGUUUACUCUGUGAGUGACUGAGUGCCCCCGAAAAUUGUGCCAUGGAGAUGUGGAGUGUAUGUGAAAAGGUUUCUGGAGCCCUGUGAAGAGGAACUUAUAUAAUUUGUGUGUGGAGAAGGAAAUAUGAAAUAAUGGUGUCCUCAUAUGAGGUCUCCACCGAGGGAACCUGAUAGUUGUACAUAUCGUGCGUUGCAGUGUGGUGGAUUUUUUUAAGGACAAGUUUUUGGGCAAAAAAAAAAGAAAAUUGCAAAAAAGUUCUGAGAGAAGAAGAAAAUUCUUAUAAUGCAUAAAUCCCCGUGAGAGAAGAAAAUUCAUAUAUCACAUAUCCGACGGAAUUUAAAAAGAAUGGAUAUUUAUGUAGGAAGAUAAAUGAAUUUAUCAUGCUUAAAUAUCAUCAUAAAUUUCUAAGGCUUAACCGCGAUGAUUCGCAUUAUCGAGUGUGUUUUGCAAAAAAGUAGGAUUUAGGAGCGUGAAGGUGUUAUUCCUAAAUUUUUCUUUCCACGUUUGGUGGUGGAAAAAUUGCUGGGUGAAAAAGCAAGAUGGCGGUUGACCGCAACGGCAUCAGUAUCGACUAUUGCAGAAAGUGUACAGAGAAGAGGAAGAAAAAUUCUCCAUGGUACCCAUGGAGUGAGUUUAAAGUGCAAAUUUCAGAAUCCCUCUUGAGCAUAAAACCGCAGAAGAUGGGCAUCACACAGCUAAUGUACAUGACAAUUUUCUACAUGACCUUUUGUAUCUAUUGGGCUCCUGUGUGCUGUGGCUUUCUCCUCGAUGGCUCACAAACAUCCUUUGCCCAAUUCCGUAAAUGGUUCACGGGACUCAAUGGAUCAUUGGAGUUGGAAUUUAAAACUGAACAGCCAAAUGGCUUAGUGUUGUACACAGACGACGGGGGGACGUAUGACUUUUUUGAGUUGAAACUCGUCGAGGGGGCCCUCAGACUGCGCUACAAUCUCGGUGGUGGUGCUCAAAUAAUCACCGUGGGACGUGAUUUACAUGAUGGACACUGGCAUAAAGUACAAGUUUUGCGCAGUGAUGAACAUUCAACUCUUACCGUUGAUGGAGUCUCACAAACGAGAUCGUCGCGAGGAAAAGAAUUUCAGUUUGGAAAAUUUGCAACUAAUUCUGAUGUCUUUGUCGGAGGGAUGCCCAAUUGGUACAACUCGAAAUUGACUCUUCUGGCACUUCCGAGUGUUAUAUUUGAGCCACGAUUUAGGGGUUCAAUACGGAAUCUUGUGUAUUCCGAUCAACCUGGCAUACCUCCGCGCCGUCAAGAAAUGCGCCAACCACGGGAUAUUAAGUGUGGCGAUGCUCCGUGUGAUGUUAAUGAAUUGCCCAAGGAAAAAGUAACACGGGGCCUUCGGAAUGUAACAGAUGCUUGCGAACGACACGAUCCUUGCCAGCACGGUGGCAUAUGUAUUUCAACAGAUUCUGGGCCACUGUGUGAAUGCAGGAAUUUGGAAUAUGAAGGAAUGUACUGCGAAAGAGAUAAAGCCCCAUCGGAAGCUACUUUCCGUGGUACGGAAUUCCUCUCUUACGAUCUGGGUCAGACAGGAGGGGAACCGAUUGUGAGUGCUCAAGAUGCCAUUUCGCUAUUCUUUAGGACAAGACAACCAAAUGGGCUGCUCUUCUACACUGGACACGGUACUGACUACUUGAAUCUAGCUCUUCGGGAUGGUGGGGUGUCCCUUACAAUGGGCCUAGCUAAUGGCAAACAAGAAAUGCAUAUCAAGCCGUCUCGAGUUAGAUUUGAUGAUCAUCAAUGGCAUAAAGUAACUGUUCAUCGACGAAUCCAGGAGAUUUCCUCCAUUACGAGCUUCUGCCGGCUCGUGGCCGUUGUGGACGAUGUGUACACUGAUCACUCCCACAUUGCUGGAAAAUUUACAAUGCUCUCCUCCUCGAGAGUUUAUGUGGGUGGAGCUGUAAAUCCUCGUGCACUCCAGGGUGCCAGGGUGCACAAUAACUUUGUGGGGUGUUUGCGGAAAGUGGAGUUCUCAGCGGAUACACUCCGUCUCAAUCUCAUUGAUUUAGCUCGUACUGGAUCUAAAUUAAUACAAGUUGCCGGUAGGGUGGACUACAUGUGUCCCGCCGGAGACCCCCAAGAUCCUGUAACUUUUACCACUAGAUCUUCACACUUGACACUUCCAACAUGGGAGGCAUCCAAGCAGGGCACAAUCUCCUUCAAAUUCCGUACAAAUGAACCAAAUGGUUUAAUUGUAAUGAACAUUGGAACUCGACCACCCAGGUCGGACACGUUUGCCGUGGAGCUCCUCAAUGGUCACAUCUACAUUCAUGUGGAUUUGGGUUCGGGGGCUGUCAAGGUGCGAGCCUCUCGACGCCGUGUUGAUGACGGUGUGUGGCACGAGUUGACACUCAGACGGAGCGGGAGAGAAGGGAAGGUGUCCGUCGAUGGGAUGUGGAAUGAGUUUCGCACUCCAGGGGACUCCACGCAACUCGAGCUCGAUAGUCCGCUCUACAUUGGUGGCACUGGUCCGGCCUAUGCGAGCAUUAACUGGCCUCCGGCCGUUUGGACGGCAACGCUGCGACAGGGAUAUGUGGGCUGUCUCCGUGAUUUGGUGCUAAACGGUAAACCCAUUGAUAUUGCAGCUUUUGCACGGCAACAAGAUUCGGCGGCAGUUAAGCCCAGUUGCCAUGUGGUUGCAAGUCAAUGCGGGGGCUCCGUAUCACCGUGUCAGAAUGGUGGAUCCUGCUCCGAGGGAUGGAAUAGACCCCUCUGUGAUUGCUCUGCAACACUCUACACGGGUCCAACUUGCGGAAGAGAAUCUGCUACACUGGCUUUCAAUGGGUCUCAACACAUGACGAUUUGGCCGAGAGGCACCCAAGGUACUCGCACUCAAACUGAAGAACUCAUUCUACGCUUUAAAACAGCCCGCCCAGUUGGUCUCCUCCUGCUCACGAGUGCCGAAUCCAAUUCCCCGGAUCGCCUUGAGUUAGCACUCGUAGCCGGCCGUGUGAGGGCAAGUGUAAGGUUGGGUGACCGAGAAAAGAAUCUAUUAGCAGGACAGGGCGUGCUAAAUGAUAAUAAUUGGCACACAGUGAGAUUCUCAAGGAGGGCCUCCAAUCUACGGCUACAAGUUGACGGGGCUGCCCCCGUCAGGGGUACGUUAUCUGAAACAAUCCUGGGUAGACACAGUACAAUGGAGAUACGUUCAAUACAUUUGGGUGGGCUGUUCCAUGCUGAAGAAGAAAUUCAAAUGACCUCCAUGAUGCCACAUUUUGUUGGACAAAUUCAGGGUUUUGUCUACAAUGGGAAUAGGUACAUUGAUAUGCUGUGGAGUCUAGGCACGGAAGUAACAGCUCUGCCUUCUGUGUCAUUCAAAUUGACGGCACGUUUUGUGAAUUCACCACCUGGAAAUCCCUACCAUGCUGCCACAUUCCGCUCCAAGCACUCCUACGUGGGGCUCCCCAUGCUAAAAGCAUAUUCUGAUGUCCUUAUUGAUUUUCGCUUCAAAACUCUGGAGCCUAACGGGUUGCUUUUCUACAACGGCGGCCGCAGGAGUGAUUUUAUUGCGCUGGAACUCGUCAAUGGGCACAUCCAUUAUGUCUUCAAUAUGGGUGAUGGGGCUGUUACCAUUAGGGACAAGAGCCGGAUGCAUAUGAACGACAAUCGAUGGCAUUCCGUGAGUGUUCGGCGACCAGGGCCAAAGACCCACUCGCUCAUUGUUGAUGAUGCCAUUGAGGUGCACACUGUACCUGGGAAUAAUAUGCAUCUCGAGCUCGAGGGGAUUCUCUAUGUUGGUGGUGUCUUCAAAGACAUGUACGCCAAACUCCCGCCCAGUAUCACGUCCCGAAUGGGCUUUGAGGGAUGCUUAGCUUCGUUGGAUCUAGCGGACACUUCGCCAAGUCUCAUGGAUGAUGCUGUUGUGCCGAGUUCACUCGUUGUCAAUGGGUGCGAAGGUCCAACGAAAUGCAGCCAAAAUGCGUGCGCCAACAGAGGCACGUGUGUCCAACAGUGGAAUGCUUAUGCAUGUGAAUGCGAUAUGACUUCCUACACAGGCCCCACGUGCUACGAUGAAUCCGUUGCCUAUGAAUUUGGCCACAAUCGCGGUAUUAUCCAAUACACCUUUCCACCUGGUAAUCAACCUGAUACGGAAGAGGAUCAAAUUGCCCUCGGGAUUAUUACAAUGCGCUCAGAUGCUGUACUCCUCCGCAUUGAGAGCUCCACCACACAGGAUUACAUGGAACUGGAGAUUGUGGAAGGGAAUGUAUUCAUGGUGUAUAAUAUUGGAUCACACGAUUUGCCCCUGGGGGAAAUUGGUGUUAAAGUGAAUGAUAACAAUUACCACGUCAUAAGAUUCUCCAGGUCUGGCGUCAAUGCGACCCUUCAACUCGAUGACUACAACGUCCAAACUCUCAAUCCUCAAGGUCAUCACGCAACCACCUUCAACUCAAUGGCAAACAUCCAGGUGGGCGGCAAAAUAAACCGCAACGGUAGAUCACGAAUAGAACGUCCUUAUGCUGGAGUCAUUGCCGGUUUGUCAAUAAAUCGCCUUCGCGUGUUGGAUUUGGCGGCCGAGAGAGACCCACAUGUGACCAUCCGUGGCGACGUGCAAUUGGUAACGGGAGUAUUAGAUAGAAAUGAUCUGCAAAGAAUGCAGCAGACACCGGCAAGUGGAUACCCUGGUGUGAUGGAUGAUUUAAUAUUUUCUGGUGCUGGCUCUGGGUGUCGUGGCGAUGACGAAGAUGAAUGCACACCGCCGUUUGAGUCUGGAUCGGGAGACGAUUUAAUAACACCUGUGUACGUACCACCCACAAAGCAACCGUCCUCAACCAAGGGGACAAAAUCCAGCAAAGCAGAUGGUACUUCGCCUGAAAGAACAUGCGACGAUGAGGAUUGCAUUCAUGGGUCAGGAUUUGGGGAGACGACAGAAUCACUCGGUGGCAGUACAACCAUUAAAUCGACAGAACAAGGCCCAGAAGGAACAUCAAGUCAAAUGGAAACAACAUCAUCGGGAACAACGAGAUUGAGUUCCGAAUUGGAUACAACAAAGGAAUUGGAUUCCACAGUUAGUGUUUCCGGUGGUACAACUGUGUCAGUUGGUAUUAGUACAUCAGGUGAGGGGAGCAGUAGCACAUCUACUUUGGGUACAAGUAGCACAUCUGUGGGCAGCUCAUCGACAGCCAGUGAGACAAGUAGUAGUACUACGGGUUCCACGAGCACAUCAACAAGUAGCAGCACCAGCAGCAGUACGUCCAUUCUGACAACACCAAUACGGGAAACAUCAGCGGCGGAGCAUGAGCCCACGUGGGAACAUGAACCCGUAGAGACAACACGGGAAAUUGAGGAGAGUACCCCACCGUACCAGGACCCCCAUCCGCCACCAUACAUCAACAACAACGUCCCCACACUGCGACCAAAGCACAAAGGGGGACGGAUUAAUUCGGAGGCCGAGGAACGCACCGCCAUGAUAAUCGGGAUUGUUGCGGGUGCCCUCAUUGCUGUGAUCCUCGUUAUACUACUAGUCUUAUGGUUCAAAUCCAAUGGCGAUAGGCCCUACAAGGCGGAAGUGGACAAGGGUGGCUCCUUUGGGCAGGGCCCCAAUGCUGCCCUCCUUGGCGGUGGGGUUGCCUCAAAUGCACACCACCAGAAUCCCGCCCAUUACCCUGUGCAGCAAAUGCACCAUCCCAUCAAUGGAUCCAAUCUCUCCUACAAUGGCUCCCUGCGGAAUGGCCACGACAAGGCCAACUACAUGGCAUCCGUGGCAAAGCCCAAGAAGCGCGACUCGAAGGAUAUCAAGGAGUGGUACGUGUAAAGUGGCUCUGGACUCAAAAAAAACCAGGCAAGUAAUAAAAUGCGUAAGACACGACCUACAAUAAUUCUUUAUAAACUCUAUAAGGUGAUUUCUUUAGCAGUUACCUUUAUGAUUUAGGGUGUAACGAUAUCGUUUUUACAGAGAUAUUUUGUAAACUGGGACAGUGGUAGUUUUACUGAUGUGAGAAUAUCAAGCUGAGAGAAACAUUCACUGCUAACCAUUUCUCCAUCCUUGCGCAAAACAUCUCCCUGAAUUUUUGGGGUUUUCUGACUAAUUAAUUUAUGUUUUAUUCAAAGACAAUUUUAGAUCAAUAAUUCCAUUAGUUUUAGCUAAACAGAAACAGACCAGAUUUUUGAUUAAUACCAAUCUUAAGCACAAAAAUGCAAAAAUAAAUAAUUGCCAAAGCUCCGUGCGAUGAGAAAAGAGUAGCAGUGAAUGUUUUUCUCAAGUAAAAUUAGUUUUUCUUACAAUUUUAACUGAGAAAGGAAGAAAAUUUUUAAUUCAACAGAAAACAACUUUUUUGUAAACUUAUUCUUUUCUUUCUCUCUCAGUUUUAUCUCUAUGCCAGAGAUGGUGGCACAUUUUGAGAAUAAAUUCCAAUUAUCUCUGAUUUUUUUUUAUUUACAACUGAAAGUUUUCUUAACAUCGUAUUGAUUGAUGAAGUAAAAUUAAUAAAUUAAUUCAACAUAAGAUUUAAUUUUCAAACACUUCUUACAGAAAACUUCUAUAAUAACUUUCUGAAGAAAUAUCGAGUUUUGGACAAUAAAACUGAUAAAGUUAACAAAGUAAAGCCUAAUUUUCAUAAUUCAGCCAUAGAUUUAUUAUUUUUUUGUGUAUAAAUUCCUUUUUUAUUACAAAAUGUGACCAUCAUUUCAAUGGUAAAUUAUCAAUAAUUAAACUAACAAAAUUGUUGGUAAGUUAUGUGAUUUUUUAUGGUAAUUUUAAAUAUUAUUAAAUCCCACCAUUGUCAUUAAAUUCAUUUCGUUAGCCAGUAAAAAAAAAACAAAACAAAAAAA